AUGGGCAGAACAAAGAUAUAUCAGCCCAGUCUGUACAAACUCAAAGACUCUGCUUUCGCAUUACUUGUAGACGACGUCAAUGGCGUGGUGCCUGCCGCAGAUUUGCCGAAUUAUAUCCAUCCACUUUUCAAUCGAUACAAGUUCCUUCGUCACAGCGAUGCUGAAUACAGGGAGCUGAAUAUGGCCCUGAGACUAGCCUCGCGCAUGCUAUUAGACGACCGCGCAGCAUACUUCAUCACCACCAUGGUAGAUGGCAGUUUACACAUCAUGAACGAUGACGGAACACCAGGUCAAGAGAUCAAUCCGCACGACCUCGUCACGCAUAACUUCGACGCAAAGCGGUUGAUUCGCUGCGCAAGAAGGAUAGCUAACCCAGGAUCAACAGAGCCUUUCAUAAGCGAGAGUAUGCGUGUUCGAUCCCGAGAGAUUCUCAAAGAUCUCGACCCAGUGCUUUCCGAGAUCAUCGUGGAGCCACCCAAUGCCACAGGCGAUGAUUCCACGCACUUCAGAUUCUCAACCGGGUCACGCGGCGAGGCCGACAUCUACCUCAGGAACUCGACGGCUUUCAGUCACAGAAGGUACAACGGGGACAGCAAUGCCGCUCGGGCUUACCAAGCUCAUUGCGCCCGUACCCUGGUCCACGAGAUCGCUCAUGUUGUCAGUGGAGGAGCUCAUGGUCGACGUUCCACUCAAGAGGACGUCUUCUUUGAGGGUCUCUGCUCCAACGAAGCGGGAUUCAAUUUGGAGACACUCCUUUUCGGUGGCAUUGUUGACAUUCAGGGCCUCGCUGAAUUCCUUCCCGGUUCGAAUGACGGAGGGAAUGUUUUGAAAGAGUUCCCCGAUCCCAGAAUUAUCAGAGGAUAUCAACCUCCACUCGAGGAGAUUCUACUACGCUGGCCAACUGACAAAUAUAUUAGAGUCACUAGAGUGCCUUGGUCAUUCAUCUCCUCCAUGUUCACGCAGCGCUUCUGGAAUCAAGACGUCCCCGCGUUUGGCAUGGGACCGAUCCAACCUUCCCUGGCGCCGAGUUGGUACUUUGUGGAUGUGUUUCCUGGCGAUAUCACAAUCUCGGAGGAAGGCAAAGUUACGACGUGCAUGACGUCUGGGACAAUGCCUGGUGCUACUUGUGACAGCACCCUUCCUUUAAGGGUACGCGAGGGGUUGCGAGACAUCACUGGCCAUGUGACGAAUCCAUGGUGA